AUGGCACCACUUCCAACCUUGCCACCGAACGUGGCCGGACGGGAACGGAAUCAUCAUCACCAUCAUCACCGUCGGCGUGCCCACGGGCUGUACUUCCAUUCAUCACCACCGAAGGUACUCCAAAUGAACAACCAUUUAGCAGCAAAGGACAACGAUUACAGGAGCAGAGACGCGAUCAAACCGUCCAACAUUCGAAUAUGGUUGCACCACAAGCAGAUGUCCAAGCUGGCGAAAGUGCUCUGGGCAGGUCAGGGUAUGCGGCUCCGGACGGAAACUUCACACCAUCCGCGCAUGAAGCGAUUCCUUGAGUGUGUUCCGCACGUCAUGGGCGUAAUUAAAGACAUUCAUCAGGCCGUAAUAGACAACGAUCUGGAUGUGUUGAAGGAAAAAACAGCUCCUCCGGCACCGAGAGUUAUACUCACCAGUAAGGAUGCGAACGGUUUGACACCCCUGCAUAAGGCCGCCGGCUUAGCACACACACAGAUCGUCGAAUACAUUCUGUCCGUGUGGCCGAGCCUGUCGUCGGAUGAGGAUCACACCGGCAAAACACCGCUCCAUUGGGCGGCCAGCGCGAAAAACAACGCGCGUAGCUUUAAUCUGCUCGUGCAGGCUGGUGCAGACGAAACGGCACUGGACGAUCGCAACAAAGCAGCUGAACACUACAAGAACAAACCGAGCGAUAUAGAUCGAUCGUUGCUGUCCGUCAUCCCGGAAGCGCCCCGAAUAUCGCAGCAAGGUUUCCCGGCUUAUUUCGAUUGGGCCAUGUUUACGCUCCCGGACGAUUCCGAUGAGGGUUCACAGCCAACGCGAAUGAAACCGUUUCUUUCGCAGAAUAAUCUACUGGAUGCGGAAACACCGGAGGAUGGUGUCGGGGUGGCCGACACGGUCAGCAAAUCGAAAUCGGUUCACAAUCUCACGAACGGUGUGCUGACCGAGCUGGGCCGAGAGGAGCGGCAAACUAACGGUGUGGAGAGCACGGACAAACCCCAAGUUGAGGAGGACGAGGCAGUAGACGACACACAGAAGGAGGCAGAUGAGGAGCAGGAUGUGGCGCAGUCCGAAAAGGAGGACAAUCGUGAAGAACCAACGGACGAACAGGACGGGACGGUAGUGGAGCAUGAUGAAGAAAUUAGUAUUCCAACGGAAGCGGCAGAAACUGAUGCACCGGAUGUAUCGAACGAACAGGUAGACCGGGACGGUGAUGAUCAAACGCAAGAAACACAACAAACCGAAUCGGAUGUCGCCGAUAUCGCUGAAGGGUUGUCUGAAAAUAAUGACGACCAGCUAGCACCCGAACCGAAUGCAACGGAUACGGCUGAAGUAAACGAAAAUGGCCAUUCGGAUGAACCGGAAGUCGAACAAGAUGCAAGCCGUAACUCGUCCGCUAGAGAAGCUACAGCUGGUAGUGCUAAAAGCAACGAGUUAGACAAAACAUCUGACACGGAAAUCGAAAAGGAUGUCGACUCUUCACCAGUCGCGGGUGAAGAAGCGGAAGUGUCAAAGGACAGUCUGGAACAGGUUGUAGCAAAAGAUGAAGAAAUCGAACAGGAUAGUCUCGGCAAGGAUUUGGAACCGGAAGAGCAUGUUACGGAUGGUGAUCGUGAGCCUUCUGCUGCAUCCGAUAAAGGAUCGAUUAAAACCACGAGCUCUCAGCCCGGUUCAAGAGCAACCACAGGGAAGAGUAUUAAAUCGACCAUGCUUGCCGUAGAACAGCAAACUGAUUUAGAGGAGCACACUAGUAGAAAAUCUUCUGCUGCAGUUGUCUCGAACGGAUUGGCACCAUCACAUGGAGUAGAAGAAAACUCUGAGCCGGAAGGUACGCCAGAAAAUCGCUAUGAGCUAGCAUCCGCUCGAAGUGGACGCCAUCGAACGUAUCCAAACUCGGCGAAGGAAUCGAUCACGUCACCAUCGCGUCCACCAAGCGGUACCGAUGCGCCAGUAGAAUCCAUAUCACGGGUGGCAUCGUCAACGCUCACCACAGCCCGUACAUCGGGCAAUUCAUCUACCAAAAAUCGGAAAGCAUCUAUCGGUUCACGGAAAUCGAUCAGCUCGAAAACGGAAAACGGUGUUGAAGACGAUGGUGACGAUUCGGAAACAAACGAUGAUUCAAAUAAUGCAGAUGUGCAGAUCGCUAGUUACCGUACGCCCGAUGAGAAAUCGACUACAACGCGUAUCGAAAGUGCUGCGAGCGACCGGCAAAAGCAUUCUCCCAAUCAACCAAAAUCAGCACAAAAAAUGGUGGAUGAAAAAUCGAUUGAACAACAGACAGAACCAUCCAACGCAGCAGACACAACAACGCAACCGAGCGCAGAAACGGUCCCGCUAGCAUCAGCCAAUGGUGCGGAACUUUCUAGCCAGGUGCUGGAAAUAGAAGGCACAGUACAAGGCGAACCAGAUCAAGGACAGCUCCAGUCACAGAACGAACAGCCAGUAGAACUUAACGAGCAGCCGAACAUACAGCAAACAGUGCAGGACGCUAUUGAUGCUGCAGAUUUGGAGCAGCUUGCUGCGAUUGUGCUGAAUGGCGAGGGUAAGCAGUUGAUUGGACGCAAAUCGGAGCAGUCGGAAAUACAGGCCUUCCUGGACAAUGUUCCGGCGUACAUGGGUAAAAUACGGCGCGUUCAUCUGGCAGCACGCGAGGGUAGCCUGCGUGAUUUACAGUCGGCACUGGACAGACGUAAAUUUGCCACGGCAAAGGAUGAGGUCUCACCGCACGGCGCAACACCCCUCCAUGUGGCGACAAUAUUCGGUCAUGCAGGCAUUGUGCGAUAUCUGGCUGGUCGCUUCCCGGAAACACUCAGUGCGACGGAUGACGAUGGACGAACGCCACUACACUAUGCGGCCACGCUGAAGGACAACGGUCACUUUUACAAUCUUCUAACACAUCUCGGAGCCAACCCGAAGGUGGAGGAUAAUCUCAACCAUUCGGCCGAAUACUAUCUGGGUCACGUGCAGUCCCAGGGCAUCCUUUCCCAUCGACAACUGUUGCGCGACUAUGGUGCCAAGGAGGAACUCGCCGAUGAGAUGCUGAACGAUCAAGUUCCAGACGAUCUUCACAGUGCCCGCCGUCCGUUGGACGAUGUCGACACGCUGACGACACUCGAACGAUGCUUCAAAAUAAUCCACGAACCCAUCGACGAUCUAGUGAAAGCGGUCGGUCUACCCACCAACAGUGUCCCCGGCAGUGCAUCGUCUCUUCGCAUCCUGAUCACCUCGUACCUGGCGCGCUUUCUAAAGCGCAGUGUAUUCGAUAAGGUGAAAAAGCGACAAACACGGCUGGAUCACAAUCUGUUCGACGUGAUAUGGCCGGCGAUGAAGAAGGCGACCAAAGAGAAGCGGAUGGAUGAGGAUCUGAACGUUGGUAUCGUCAUACCGGACUACGAUGUGUUCGUCGUGUUCCAGGAGUUUCUGGUACCACUGAUAAAGGACGUUCACUGUAUGGAGGCGACCCAACCAUUUAUGCCACACCCGGCGAUCCAAUACUUUCCGCGCUAUGCAAUAAACGAUCAACAGGCAGAAACAGGAGCUACCUCAGCAACUAGCAACAAUGGUAACAUACUGCGUGAAAACCCCGACAGUAUACAGCUAAACCUGGAUACGUCGGGAAAGUACAUUACCGGAUGUGUUAUCGAGUGUGCCCGCAAUCUGGACGCGUACGAGUUUCCGCUCAAUCUAGGUAUCGCUCAGCUGGAGCAGGUUGAGCGUGUUAUUACCGCGAGGGUACUAUCAAUGGAUUUUGUGCGUGCCAUCGGUGAGACGGAACUCGGCACGUACUACAGCAUGAAUGAAAUCUUGGAAAACCCGUCCGAAAUUCGUACUAUCCUCGCUACAAAUGGACUGCUCAUAGCGUUGCUGGAUCAUACCGAUCCGUACCAAACGGCCGAAUCAAUCGCCAUUAAUGGACGGUACUGGCCGUACGGUCGUGGUGUGUACGUCAGUGUCGACGGUGAUUUGGUGGUGUGGGUCAACGCACAGGAUCAUCUGAGGCUACUGUGCUGUACGGAAAGUAAGGACCCAGCGUCGAUUGGGGCAGCGUACUCGAAGGUAGGGCGUGCCAUGAACUACCUCGAAGAGUGGAUCCAGUUCAAGCAUAGUUACUUCCUUGGCAAUCUUCUAUCAAGGCCAUCAUUCCUUGGCACCGGUCUAAAGUUUACCCUAACGCUUGUACUGCCCCAUCUUCGCAAGGAACAGGAAAAUCUGCGCCAUCUGUGCGUUGUACGCGGUUUGCAUCUUCUAACCGAUGAUGGACACCCCUCGGUGCGAAUGUGCAACAUGCGCAGUCUCGCCCAAACCGAGUGGCAACUGUUUCAGGAUUUUAGCAGCGCCAUUACGAACGUCGUCGCACUCGAGAAGGAGCUAUCAAUGUCGAACUCGCUACACAUCGCUGCAACGCUAUUAAGGAUAUUUCGUAAGAAGAAGCAUAGCCUGGCUGCGGAGGGUUCCGCACAGCAAAACUGAUCGUUCCCGCACAUGGCAAGAAUGAUCCCGAACACUGUCCGUGUACCGACAGCGUAGCCACGUGACGAGCAGU